AUGGUGUUUCAGAAGUGGAAGCAUUCCUUUGCUGUGGAUCCAAAGUCAUUGCAGGCUCUAGGCUGUGGUGUUGACCAUCUCAAGAAGUUCGGCAAUGGAGUCAGCAAAUGGGGUAACAUGGAGUCCAAAAAUGAAACCUCUUUCCAUUUCAAAGACGGCUCGAAAAUCCACGCGUGCCCUAGGGCGAUCGAAAUAUUUUGUCGAGGACUGAGAACAGGAAAGGAGGCAGGACCUCCUUUCGCCUGCCGCCCGGUUUCGGAAGUGUUUCCAGGAGCCCCUAGAACAGCUGCAGCCCAGGCGAGGCAAAGUAAUAGUUCUGUGAUUCGAUCGAAUUCUCCAACAACAACAUCUCAGAUCAUGGCCAGAAAGAAAAGGAGAGGGAUUAUAGAGAAAAGGCGCCGAGAUCGUAUAAAUAACAGUUUAUCUGAGCUGAGGCGGCUUGUGCCAACUGCUUUUGAAAAACAAGGAUCUGCCAAAUUAGAAAAAGCGGAAAUACUGCAAAUGACAGUGGAUCAUCUGAAGAUGCUUCAGGCGACUGGAGGUAAAGGUUAUUUUGACGCUCAUUCUCUGGCCAUGGAUUUCAUGAGCAUUGGUUUCCGGGAGUGCUUGACCGAAGUCGCGAGGUACCUGACCUCGGUGGAAGGCCUCGACACGUCUGACCCGCUGCGCGUGAGACUUGUCUCUCACCUGAGCACCUGCGCCUCUCAGCGGGAAGCUGCUGCCAUGACCUCCUCCAUGGCCCAUCAUCACCACCCAUUGCACCCUCACCACUGGACGGACAGAGGUGAGGGGUCGUACCUGCCAAAUCUCCUGAGGCUAGACAAAAUGGUCGAGUUGCAUAAGUGCCUGACAUUUAAAAAAUAA